AUGAAGCCUGUCCCUGAAUGGACCACAUUUCGGUUGGGGGUGACCUGUGGUGUCCUAUUGGCUUUACUGGCUCUCAUUGCACUGAGAGUGACACAGGUCCAAGAGUGGGAGCCGCUACGACCUCUGCUGCGACUCUACAGGGGGGGGUUUCUGCUUAUCGAGUUCCUCUUUCUGUUGGGGGUCAAUGUUUACGGUUGGAAGAAAGCCGGAGUCAACUACGUCCUCAUCUUCGAGCUGGACCGCCGAGAUAAUUUAUCACACUCCCACUUUUUCGAAGUGGCAGGGGGUUUAGCCGUGUGCUGGUGCACCAGCAUCCUGGCCUGUCUCUAUGCCCCUCUCCUGCCCGUGCCUUUGCAGCUACAGCCCCUCCUCUUCUACUGCCUGCCCCUGCUGCUGCUGCUCGGCCCCAUGCCCACCUUGCAUGCCCGGGCUCGGCGCUGGCUCCUCUCCGUGCUGUACAAGGUCCUCACCACUCCGUUCCACUCAGUAGGGUUUCCUGACUUCUGGCUUGCCGACCAACUGAACAGCCUCGCACCACUUUUCCUGGAUCUGUGGAGCCUCGUCUGGUUCUACGCGUGUGAGGUGGACUGGAAGGACCUGGCCGGCAUGUACACACCGCCUGUAGGAAGCCUGGACUGCGAGAGGACCUCCAAGGACCUGAGCUGCCUGAUACAGUGCUUCCCGCCCUGGCUUCGCUUUGCACAGUGUCUAAGGAACUUCUGGGACAGCGGGAACACCAAGCCCCACCUUCUGAAUGCCGCCAAAUACUCGGUGGUCUUCCUCACGAUCACCUUUGCCGGCCUCUACAGCAUGGCGUUAGAGUAUCCCAGUCAGGCAGCGGGACUGACUCUCUACCUGUACCUCUGGGCUGCUUCUGCCUGCUGCAGCGUGCUGGUGGCCAUCACCUGGGAUUUACAGAUAGACUGGGGGCUCCUCCAAGGGCCCGACUUUCUGAGAGAGGAGGCUGUGUAUUCUAAACGGGUAGCCAAGUUUCUGGCUUACUACUACUGUGCAAUACUGGCGGACGUGUUACUGAGGCUGGCCUGGGGGGUCAACAUCAUCCUAGUGCAGAUGCGGGAUGCAGGCUCAGCUACUGCCACGGGUAUCCUAGCCCCACUGGAGGUUAUUCGCCGGUUCAUCUGGAACUUCCUCAGAUUAGAGAAGGAGCAUCUGACCAACUGCAGCCUGUUCCGAGCAGUCAGAGACAUCCCAGUACGGCCCCCCACCCACAACGGACACUUCCUGGAAAAGAUCGUGGAGCAGGAAAAUAAUGGAAAAGCCUGUCAAAAACCACAUUCUGCAAAGACUAAAUCCAACUCCACUCUUAAGUGGACAAGAACAGCAGCAACAGAGACAAAACUUUCAAUGGAGGGAAUGAACCUUCUCUACGAUCAAUAUGUGGACUUUGAAACAACGGAACUGUGAUCAUCCUGACCACCACCCUCGUGUUCAAAAUUAGCAGCAAUGUGUAAUAUAUUUAUGAUAUUCGUAAGUCUCGAAUAUCAAAAACACUUAAUAUAAUUCUACGAAUUGGUCAUGCUACAUAGAGUACAAAGAAUAUGGUAGUCAUUGAUAAAAUAUGGACUUGUAACAGCCCUGAAUGCAGAAGACAAUAACAUAACUCAAAAAAUAUAUACACAGAAUUUCAAAUAAUUCACUUUGGAGCUUCACACUGAACACAUACAAAAAAGGUGAAUAAUCAUAAAUAAAACAAGGAUUUCAUAGGUCA